AUGGCAGCAGCGUCAGGAACCGCCGCGACGUUCUCCAUCAGGACGCCGGCGCCGGGGCUCCGGCGGCCCUGCGCCCGCGCCGCCGCGGCCGGCGGGGGCGCCAAGUGGUGGGCGCCGCUGCUGGGGUGGUCGGGCCAGCCCGACUACAUCGACUCCCAGCCGGCCGCUGAACCGGCGCCGAAGGAGGAGCGGGGGAAGAGGCGGUUCGGGGUGCUGACGGAGGAGAAGGCGCGGCAGCUGCGGCUGAGGAUGAUGGAGACGGAGAGCUUCCACGACGUCAUGUACCACUCCGCCAUCGCCUCCCGCCUCGCCUCCGCCCCGCCCGACACCGCUCGCCGCACCAAGCCGUAG